UCAGUAUAACAUUUUAUGUUUAGGGUGUGGGGGGGGGUCAUUGUACUGGUUUAUACUGGGGGGGUUUGUAUCAUUGCAUGCUGCAUGUCACUAGACACAAUUUAGUACUGUUAUAAGAUUUUAUGUUGGGGUUCAUGUGCAGUUUAAUGCUGGGAGUAAGCAGGACCAAAUUUAAUUGGAAGGCAUCCAAAGGAUGCCAAAGCCACCCCCCAUGAUCUUACUGUGCAUCCUUCCUUGCAAUACCCAGAGCACAGGGGACAUAUCUGGGCCUGGGAGUCAGUGAACCAGUUGUGGGCUCCUAUCUCAUUUCAAUGCUGGAGGUCAGUGUUCAAUUUGAUACAGGAAAUCAGGGUAUCAGUUGUUUCUGAGGGUUAUUGUACUAUUUUAUGUGGGUUUAAUGUGCCUUUUAAUGAGUGCUGUAAAAGGUUUCCUUUUGUAUAAAUGUUGAGGAUUAUUCUGGCCUAUAUCAUUGUGCUAUUAAACCUGUACAAAUUUUUUUUUGUAGUCUUGUAUGUAUGUAUAACUUUAUUUAGAAAGCGCUACAAGGAUACACAGGGCUGUACCAUUUUACAACAGAGAAACUUACACACAGGGAGGACAAGUAUUAUAAUAAAUACAAUAAAUAAGUGUAACUACACAGUGCCAUGUGGUAUAAGUUAUGGUAGGAAGGAGGGCUCUGUCCUGUAGAGCUUACAAUCUAAGUGCAUGUAUAAAUAUUUUGGGUUCUCACUGAUCACUGAAUCUCCUGUAUUAGGGCACUAUGCUAAUCUACACGUAUUUAAGGCAAUAUUUUUCAGGAUAAAUACAGAGGGUGCUGGAGUGACUUCUUGACACUGCAAAAUGCUGUUUUUGUGCUGGAGUAGAGGAAGCAAUAUACCAUAAUCUGGCAUGGAAGAAUGUAUGCACUACUAUGGCUUUAUUUUGAUGCCAGUGGUACACCUGUUCAGUUUCUGGUCUUUGAGGUUGUAGCAGCGCCAGUGUGUAUGUACCAGGCAUUCUCUUACUGCUUUGUCAGCAUAUGUACCUACAGUAGGUGUCACUGGUGCUGACCUUGUAGUAUAGGUCCUCAGUUUGUGAAUACAUUUUCCCCAAAUACAUUAAUUUAGCUCUAUGUGCCAUUUUGACAAUUCUUGCAAUUUAUGGAGUGUAUGGUUUGUCAGAUCACAAUAUAAUCUGAUUAAGUGAGAUUGGUAAAAUGCCUUUAGUAGUGGGAUUGAAUGCAGAGUGGGCAGCCACUGCUUUGUGUCUGUUGGGUGAUGCAGUUUUACUGCAGAGAGAUUUUUGCUAAGGAUCAGUACUCCUGUUGCUUGGACAUCCUAGAAACCAGACACAUGGAUUAUCACAUGGAUUAUUAUGUUUUUUUUUAACCCCUGGACCUCAAAUGGGAUAAACCGCAAAAUAAGCAAAGAAAAGAAAUGUAACAAACUUAAUUUUUUAUUAACAAAUCUAUUUGAUAGAGCUGUUACAUCAGUGAAUCUGCUUUCGCCAAGCAAGAUCCAAGCAAGCACUCCACAAGAUCACUGCAUAACAGGUAUACAGAAUAAGCCAAGGAAGCACAAGGUUAUGUUUUCAAAACUGUAUUUAGUAAACUUGGAGCUUCUGUAUCUACAAGAGGACUUCCUGCCUCUAAUUUUCCUAACUGUUUUUUUUUUUGGUGCACAAACAUUUCUUUUGUGAGCACAUUUUAAAGCUGUGUGCACUUUUUUUUUAAAACUCUGUGUUCAGACCAGAAUAAAUACAAAAUGUUGUGUUUUCGCACAAAAUUCUUUUGGCGCCCCACAAUAUAUUGUGUGUGCUGUCCUCACAAUUUGUGUGUGCAUGCACAAGCACACAGCUUAGAGGGAACAUUGUCUUAUUCAGUCAUUUGACACUGAGCUUAAUAAAAUCUAAUUUUACAAUUUUGACUGUUCACAGAGUGGCCAACAUUAAACAUGUCAGGCAUGUUUGAAACUAAGUCCUUCACAAAAAACUGUGCAAAGAAAAGAAAGAUUGAUUCAGAAAAUCGUGAAUUUCAGGAAAAGUGGGAAGAAGAAUACUUUUUUGGAAAAAACAAAGAUAAACCACAAUGUUUGGUAUGUGCACAAACUAUAUCUUCGUGCAAAGAAUACAAUGUUAAAAGGCAUUAUACAACACUACAUGGAGCUAAGUAUGCCAAAUACACAGGUGAAGCAAGACUGACCAUCAUUAAAGACCUAAAAAGCAAACUUUGUAAACAGAAAAACAUAUUUUCAGCAGUUACGACGACACAGAAAGCAGCAGUAAAAGCUUCUUUUCUUGUUGCAGAAGAAAUUGCAAAAAGAAAAUAUCCUUUUAGCAGUGGGACUCUAGUGAAAACAUGUGCACUUAAGAUGGCUGAAGCUUUUGGAAAUGAAACUAUGGCUAAAACCGUGGAAUCUAUUUCAUUGUCACAUCAGACUGUUGCUAGACACAUCUGCACAAUUAACCAGCAUUUAACAGAUAAGCUACAGAACAUCUUAAGAAGUGCACCCUACUUUUCUAUAGCACUGGAUGAAAGCACUGAUAUAACCGACACUUGCCAGCUUGUUAUAUUUGUUCGCUCUGUGGAUCAAGAGUUUCACAUUUCUGAAGAGCUGUUGGAGAUAGUACCUCUGCACGGAUCCACAAAAGGCGAAGAUAUAUAUAAUGCAGUAAAAGCCACAGUUACUAAAUAUGGAGGCUUUAGUAGUUGUACAUGUAUUGUUACUGAUGGAGCCAGAGCCAUGGUAGGCAGAAAUCAGGGACUUGCAGGUCGCCUACGGAAGGAAGGUAUUGACUGCCACAUGUUUCACUGCAUUGUACAUCAGGAGGUGUUAUGUGGCACUUCUCUAAAAAUGGCUGACAUAAUGGAUGUGGUAACCAAAGUCACCAAUUUGAUAAGAGGGGGAAAUCGUUCCUUGACACACAGGAGAUUUAAAAAUUUCCUUGAAGAGCUGGAUGCUGCUUAUGGUGAUUUGCUCCUGCACACAAAUGUGAGAUGGCUAAGUGCAGGAAAGUGUUUGGUAAGAUUCUUUGCACUUAGGAAGGAAAUACACUUAUAUUUAUCUGACAUAAAAUGUGACUCUUAUUUACUAGAACACCUUACUGAUGUCAGCUUUCUUACAGCUCUUGCCUUUUUAACUGACAUCACGCAGUUCCUUAAUUCCCUGAAUUUAAAUUUGCAAGGAAGAGACCAAAAUGUGAGCCAGCUGUAUAGUCACAUUGCUGCAUUCAGGAACAAGCUCCACCUGCUAAAAUCUUUCUUAGCAAAGAAUGACCUGACACAUUUUGAAAGUUGCUGUGAACUUUUUCAGGAAAUGAAGGGAAAUGGAGUGAUUUUAAACUUUAGUCAAUUUGUCCCUAAAAUGGACAUCCUUAUUCAUGAAUUUAACACAAGAUUUCAGGACUUUGAGGGAAUGGAGGCAAGUUUCAAACUUUUCAACAACCCAAUUAACACAGACAUUGCAGCACAAGACACAAAAUACCACAUGGAACUAUGUGAGCUGCAGGGAGAUCAGUUUCUACACUCCUGCUCAGAGAAAGGUGUGGCAUUCUUCAAGCUGCUCUCCCAAGAACAGUACCCUAUCCUGAGAGAUUUUGGAAUGAGAAUGGCAUCAAUGUUUGGCAGUACAUAUAUCUGUGAGAAGGCUUUUUCAGAUAUGGGCUUCAUAAAAUCAAAGUAUAGAAACAGUAUAUGUGACUCUACCCUGCAGCAAAUCAUUCGCAUUUCAACAACAUCCAUAUCGGCGGACAUUGAUGAACUUGUUGCACAACAGCUGCACCCUCAGACAUCCCAUUAACAAUUUCAGAUUCUGUUUUUCAUUGAACUUUGCUUGCUGCACUUCCAGUCUUCUCGUUGUUUUAAGACUUAAGUAUUGCUUCUCUUGUGUUUUUAUGGCUAAUGACCAUGGCUUGUUAACUGUUCUGUUUGUCAAAAAUGCAUUUGCAUUUUGUUAUUUAUUGCUGUUGCUAAAGGAAAUGUGUUCUGUGCAAAAUAAAUAUUUACUUUUAUUGUUCUUGAUUGUAUUCUGUAUGUUUUCCAGGAAUACAAAAUAUUUGACAUUUAAAUUUGCAUCAUAUUGUAUAAUACCCUGCAAAGGUAUGGGUAUGAGCUUUGGGUUUGUGACCAGAAUGUGAGGGUGGUUCUGCUGUGCACUUUUUUUCUUCUGGUUAGCUAUUCUUGCUGUUUCCUUUGUUGUAUUUUGUGUGUGUGGGUUUGUGUCCAAGGCAAGAAUAUGGAUUUUCUAUUUUACACUAUGAAAUGGGGAGCUUGUACUCUGCAGCAGAGGCAGGGAAAACAUUCUAACCUGUAAGAAUGUGUGUUGUCUAAAAAUGGGUGUGACAAAGGGGUGUGUCUUUGUAAGAGGGUGUGGCUUUAACAUACAUGGGGUAGUCAAAAUUUGACUACCAUUAUCGGCCCUCCGUCACAUAGGUCAGAGAAAUUCCGGC